AUGUUUCUCCUCAAAAUUACCACCUUCGCGGGUCUUGCUUCGAUUGCUACAGCUCAGAGUACAUUCGUCAACCAAACCUCUUGCAACGGCAAAAACUAUACAUACCAGGAAUUUGCGGGCUAUGGCUUGAUCUCAGGAAAUGCAAGAGAUGAAUUUGGGGAUACAAUUGGUGGCAUUGGAUCUGCUCUUGCCCUAGACAGAUCGCAGUGGACGAAGCUUAGCAAUGGUUCAUAUACAGGAGUGCUCUGGGCUCUCCCAGACAGAGGAUGGAACACGGAAGGGACCUUGAACUUCCAACCUCGGGUCCAUAAAUUCGACAUUCUAUUCACACCUCAACCUAAUGCCACCGUAGCAAACCCUUCUGGAAACAACCUUUUCUUCACAUACAAAGAGACCAUUCGUUUCUUUGGUCCUGACGGGACGCCUUGUACUGGACUAGAUGCUGAUGGGACUGGCCACAUCAGUUUCGAUGGCUUUCCUGAUCUUCCAGUAGCCACAUACCGGGGCGAUGGCUUUGGAAAUGCUGGUCCAGGAGGGAGACGCAUUCCGGUUGAUUCUGAGGGCAUUGUCCUAAAUCCGGACGGAAGCUUUUGGGUCAGUGACGAGUAUGGUCCCUAUGUCUACCGCUUCAACUCUUCGGGUGUCAUGAUCGCUGCAAUCAGACCUCCCGAUGCAUUCAUCCCCAUGCGGAACGGAACAGAAUCAUUCUCCGCAGACAGCCCUACCUAUUAUGCCAGCAAAGGCGCAGGAGACGAUGUCUAUCCCGCUGAUAAUCCAACUGGGCGCGACAACAAUCACGGUUUUGAGGGUCUGACGGUUACUGGUGAUGGCAAUACACUUUAUGCUCUCCUUCAGGCAGCAGCAAAUCAGGAAGGAGGAUUGACCAAGCAGACUGAGCGCUAUGCACGCCUCGUCAAAUAUGACAUUACGGUUCCAUCAGCGCCCCGCUACGCCCGAGAAUUCGUUGUACCUUUACCUCUUUUCAACAAUCCGACUGCAAAGGCUAGCAAGAAUCCUCAGGUUGCAGCCCAAUCUGAGAUCUUCCAUAUUCAAGAUGGACAAUUCUUCGUCCUUGCGAGAGAUUCUGGUGCUGGGCAUGGUCAGAGCUCAACGCUUUCCGUUUACCGACAUAUCGAUGUCUUCGAUAUUGCCAACGCGACGGACAUCAAGGGUAGUACUUAUGACUGUGCCAACUGCUCGAUCGCCUCUAGUGCCGGUGUACUCAACACUGGCAUCACACCAGCAACCUACUGCUCAUUCAUUGAUUUCAAUGUGAACUCUCAAUUGAAUCGAUUUGGCGUAUACAAUGGAGGGGCACAAAGUGCAAGCCUCUUGAACGAGAAGUGGGAGAGUAUUGGAAUCGUACCAGUCGAUGGACUAGAUGGUGACGACGACGAGUGGUAUGUGUUCUCAAUGUCAGACAAUGAUUUUAUAACGCAAGAUGGAUAUCUUGAAGGUGGAGAGUUUCAAUACUCUGAUGACAGUGGCUACACUCUUGACAACCAGGUAAGCUUGUUCCGGUAA